GUCAUUAGGCCCAGUGAUCGGGGCCAGCAGCAGUCGCCCAGGUACUGGAGCCGGUUCGUUUCGAGGGUUUAUUGAGGGAUGGAUUGGAUUGGGGCUGGGCGACUGACUGUGUGCAUGCCACCGGUCCUGAUUUCACUACCGCCGUCAUUAGGCGUUGCUGUCAUCAGGCACUGUGAUAGGGCCGGUGACAUGGCUACAGUCGUCUAGCUCCAGGGGAUCGAGUUGGUUCUUUUGAGGGUUUUCUUUUGGGAGGGUUUGACGACUUUUUCGACUUUUUCGACUUUUCUUUGGAGCUUGUUUGAAGUUUUUGGGCUUUGUUUGGAUGAUUUUGGAUUGCCUUUUUGGAAGCUUUUGGAGGUUUUAUUGGAGUUUCUGGACUUGUUUGGACUUUUUGAAGUUUUUGAGCUGUUUUGGAGGAUUUUGGGUUGUCUUUUUGGGGGUUCUUUGGAGAUUUCUUUUUGGAGUUUUGGGACUUGCUUGGACUUUUUUUUAGACUGUCUUAGACUUGUUAGACUUAGACUCGUUAGACUCGUUAGACUUGUUAGACUUAUGGGCUUAGAUGGCCAUAGAACUAUUACUAUGUAUGUAGUACGAAUGCG